GAGUAAUGUAAGUAUAUAACUGAUGGAUUAGCGAUUAGUAAAUUACAACGAAAAAGAACGAGAGAAAAAUAAAAAAAAAUGUGAAUCGAUCGACCAGUGCCAUCUGUAUGUGAAUGCCGUACACUUGUCAACGACAUAACCCAUUGGCCAUCAUUGAAAAUCAAUGGGGUUAUUAGAAGCAAAACACACAGAGAGAAAGAAGAACAACAAUACAAAUUACUAAUAAACAUUCGAAACGAAGAAAAGAACAACUCAUUUUUCAGUGGACAAAAUGUGCGUGCAACUCGAUUUGUUUGUGGUAUAAUAUCCAUUGAAUAUCUGCAGUGAAAUGUGCAAACUCGAAUCGUUUUUACGGACCUGUCAAAUUGAAGGAAGAGAAAAGAAAUAUUGAACACGGACAGUAAAAAAAGUAUUGUGGUAAAUACUGACUGAGUUAGAAGAAGAAAUCAAGUUGCAAAAAAUUGCAUCAACAUACAAUAUUCCAUUGUAUCGAAUAGAAAGGUGGAAAGAAAAAAAUUCUUCACGAAAAUCGGCUGUAAAUCGCAAAAGAAAAAAUUCGUGGCAAUUUUUUUUUGGCAAUAAUCGAUGUUGCGAAUAACAUCAUAGAGACGACAAGGAUAACUACAAUUUUUGUGAUUACGCGUCAAUAUACGUUCGGACACACGAUUUAAAUUUGAAAUCGACAACGACGAUUGUUCAGUUCUGUUGUUUGUUUGUUUUUAGCGUAGUAAAAACAAUCAAGACAAUUUCAUUUGAUGGUCGAUGUUGGGAUGGGCAUAUUUUCAUUAUACAAUCGACGGGAACGAGGACUAAAACAUAAUAUUGGCUAUGAAGAUCAAAUACAUAAAUCAAUAUACUCACAUCUGGAGCCAUACAGUUGCUGGAACAGCAAUUCGGCGACUGGUUCCGAAUUUGGUGGCGUUUACAACUUAGAAUAUUCACCAGAUGGUACAUUAUUAAUAGCUGCUUGUGAAAAAAGAUCGAUUGUUUUAUUCGAUCCAAUAACCAAUCGUCAAACGAAGGCUGUGAAAAAUGCGCAUCAAGAUUCUGUCAAUUGUGUUAAAUUUUUGUCGGAUUGUUUGUUUGCGACCUGUUCCGAUGACUCAACGGUGGCAUUGUGGGAUAAACGAAAUCUACGAUCGAAAGUGCGAAGCCUACACGGUCACAUGAACUGGGUGAAGAAUAUCGAAUACUCAACAAAAGAAAAUUUACUCGUCACCUCUGGCUUCGAUGGUAGCAUAUUCACUUGGGAUAUCAAUUCGAGCACCGAACAGGGUUUUGUCUACCAAAAAGUGUUCCAUACGCCCGGUUUGAUGCGGUGCCGUGUAUCACCAAACUCAAACCAAUUGGUCAUUUGCACCACGGGCGGUUAUUUGAUCAUCAUUCACGACUUAGAACUAUCAACACUGGCCGAAGAUCUGAAUGGUUUUAAGCCAAACGUUUAUCGACUGAUGCAGCUGGGCCGACAGUUUAUUCCGACGGCUGCCAAAUUCGAUCAUGUGUUCUCAAAAAAUAUGAAACGAAAUCGCGUCGAAUUAGUUAGUGAUUUUCCAAACGAUGCCGAAGUUAUUAGUAGUUUACAGAUUCACCCGCACGGUUGGUGUGCACUCAGUCGGAAUAUAAGCUAUGACGAAAGCGCCGAAUUCACCUGCUUACACGACAUUCAGCAUCGCGACUACGAUGAAAGCAUUGACAACACCGAAAUGGACAAUGAUACAAGCAACGAUGCAUCAGAUUUGCAUCUGUCGACACCGCCAACCUCACCAAAUGCAAGUAGCACAGUAACGCAUCCCGAUAUAUGGGCAGCAGAGAUGACCGUACGUGAUCGUUUAUUGCGCGUAAGACAUAGUGAUUCGAAUACAUUCAACAAUACCCAUGUGUAUGGUAUUAGCAGUGGUGUGUUAUCGAUGCAAAAUGCGAAUGCUACAACGGCAGCCGCACAACCGGUUCGAUUGUCGGCGUCACCGCCGUCAAAUGGUGGUGGAGGUGCUGGUAUCGGCAGUGGUUAUCGUUAUAUGUACGUACCAAAAAAGCCAAUACCACAAAAUGUACGGAGAAUGCUGUACUCAAUUGAGCAGCCAAAUAAAGGGCCUGGUUUAAUCAAAGAGGAAUGUUUUUCGUCAUGUGGCCGUUUAAUUUGUUCACCGUACGGCCUUGGUUUUCGUCUUCUUGCAUUUUCGCCUGAUUGCCAUGAACUACCGCAUGCCCUAAUGCAACAGAACGAUUCUAACAAAUUGACCGAGCUCAAAUAUACCAAUUGUCAUCCGGACAUUGUGGUCAGCACACGAUUUAGUCCCAUUUCGCCGUUAUUAGUGAGUGGCUGCUUACAAGGCAAAAUCAUAUGGCAUCAGCCACGAUUUUAGUUCUUUUUUCCUCCGUUUUUUUUUUUUAAUCUGGUUCAUGCAUUCGCGUAUACGCAUGAUAUUGAAACGUUUCUAUUUUUUUCUUAAUUAAAAAUAAAAUGUAUAUGUAUAUAUAGCGUAUGUUAAAAUAAACCCCAAAAUUCGUUUUGCAUAAACUGCCCAAAAAAGAAGAGAACAAGAA